AUGGAUCUCGUCAAGCAGGGAAUCUCCAUCGCCACCAACCCAAAGUACGCGCGAUGGCUGUGCCCCCUGCUGCUGCUCGCCGACGCCGCCCUGUGCGGCCUCAUCAUCUGGAAGAUCCCCUACACGGAGAUUGACUGGCAGGCCUACAUGGAGCAGGUGGCGCAGUACCUGGCCGGCGAGCGCGACUACGCCCGCAUCAAAGGCGGCACCGGCCCGCUGGUCUACCCGGGCGCCCACGUCUACAUCUACCGCGGCCUGUACGCCCUCACCCACCAAGGCCGCGACAUCCGCCUGGCCCAGAUCGCCUUCGCCGGCCUCUAUGUCGCCGCCUUGGUCGUGACCAUGGCCUGCUAUAGGCUGGCAAAGGUCCCUCCGUACGUCUUUCCCAUGUUGGUCCUAUCCAAACGGCUACACAGCAUCUUCAUGCUACGCUGCUUCAACGACGGCUUCGCCGUGUUCUUUUUCUUCCUGGCCAUCUACGCCUACCAGAAGCGGAUGUGGACCCUAGGUUCCGUCUUGUACUCGCUGGCCGUGGGCGUCAAGAUGAGCGCCCUGCUCGCGCUGCCGGCCGUGGGCAUCAUCCUCCUGCAGGCCAUCGGCAAGGAUAGGGCAAUCACUCAAGCGGGCAUCAUUGGCUAUCUGCAGUUGCUCCUCGGCUUCCCCUUCAUCCAGGUCAAUGCCAAAAGCUACUUCUCGCGCGCCUUCGAGCUCACGCGCGUCUUCCUCUACAAAUGGACGGUCAACUGGCGUUUCGUGCCCGAAGCCACCUUCCUCUCCCAGCCCUUCGCCAUCGGGCUGCUCGCGCUGCACGUCGCGCUGCUGGCCAUCUUCGCGCCGACGCGGUGGCUCAAGCCGGCGCAGCGGCCGUUGGUCGACGUGGUGCGCAUGGUCUUCAGCCAGCCGCACGACCAGGUGCACAUCGGGCGGCGCAUCAACCCGCGCUUCGUGCUGACGACGAUGCUGGGCAGCGUGGCCGUGGGCAUGCUGUGCGCGCGCUCGCUGCACUACCAGUUCUACGCGUGGAUCGCGUGGGCGACGCCGUUCCUGGCGUGGCGCGCAGGGCUGCACCCCGUCGCGCAGUACGCUCUGUGGGCGGCGCAGGAGUGGGCGUGGAACGUGUUCCCGUCGACGCCCGCCAGCUCGGCUAUGGUUGUGGGCGCGCUAGCCGUGCAGGUCGCCGGCGUGUGGUGGGGGACGCGCAAGGAUUUCGAGGGCAGGGAGCAGCAUCAGCAUCAGCAUCAGCACCAGCAUCAGCAUGCCGAGUAG